AUGAAAGGCAAGGCAAAAGCACAGCAGGAAGAACUGAGAGGAAACCAAGAUCCUGUGAAAAAUGAAGCCAAAUAUGUGAAAAUCAUUUACUUGAGGAAAAUACCAUCUACGAAGACCAACAACCAGGGAGAAAGGAGAUUAUAUGCUUACUUCAAGGAGAGCAAGUUUCAGGCCUCAAACAGAGUCAAGCUCAGUCUUGUAUGGAACACAAAAGCAGCAUUCUUAAGACCGCGCGCCCGAAGUUUGGCUCCCCCGGCGGGAGCGGCAGCAGCCCCGGAAGGGUCAGGGAAAGGAGCGCCCAAGCACCUCAGGGGGAACAGGCUCCUCCCGCCGCGGGGGACUCCGACCGGCCUCGCCCUGCGGUGGCGGCUCGGCGGGGACUGGAGCGGCUCCUCGGACCUUCCUCCGUCUCCGCCUCCCCCUCGCGCUGCGCUCCCGGAGCCUGGCGAACGCGGCUGCCACAGAGCGAGAAGCUUAAAAUGGCGCCGCACAAGGAGCUCUUAUAAGUCGCGGCAGCGCCGCUGUAUCCUGCCGCCGCCAGCGGUGCAGCGGCCCAGCGCCGAGCGGAGCGUCGCUGCGCGCGAGCACAAGGGGCGGGGCACGGGAGCGCGGCGGAAAGUAGUCCCCGCGCCGCCGGCGAGCGCCCGCCCCGACUCAGGGCGGGGCGCCGGCGCUCCGAGGAGGCUCCCGCGGGCCAGACGCGGAGCCGCUGCCCCGCCGCCGCGGGGGAACCCGAGGGCGGCCUGCGCGGAGGCCGGGAAGCCGGGGCACGCUUGGCCCCAGGCGCCUCUACCGAGGCGAGACCCGAUGAUACCCCCCUCCCCCCAAAACCCCUCCACGGCGCCCCCCGGAUGGACCUGGCUGGGAGCCGAGCGGCGCACCGCCGCCCGCCCCGCCGACCCACCGCGGGGUCGGGAUGGUGGAUUCCCGCAUCUCCAGCGGCUGCUCAGCCUGGAUCUGGAAGUGAACUCCCGGGCCCGAGCUGCCGCCUCUCUGCUUCCGAAAGCUGUGAACUCUCUAGGAUGGGCGUCUGGCCCACGAUUCAACAAGUCUUUAGGUGUACCUAAAAUCACUGAUGAAUAG